UUUCUCCCAAUAAGAUUAAACAACAUCUUUAAUAUGAUGCUCUUGAAUGGAAGCGCGCGGCAGGACGCGCUCAUUUCCUCAGAGCGGGGGAGCACCUUCACGCUGUCCCUGCUCCCCCCUCCACAGCCCGGCAGUGGUACGCUCCGUGUUGGAUGCGUUCAGCUCAUUGACCGGCGGACAAUCCUCAUCAGUACCACCAGAGCCCCGGAGCUUCCAACAAACCGGCCCUUGAUUUCCCCCGUCACAAAGCGAGCAGCACCCUCCAGCCUCCCCGUCCCGUCAUGAAACAGACUCUGAGCGAACUGAUGAGGAUGAGCAGGAUAUGCCGGAUGGUAUUUGCCACUUGUUUGGGAUCCUUUAUUCUGGUCAUCUUUUAUUUCCAAAGUAUGUUCCAACCAGUCAUGCGGAGGAACCCCUUUGUGGUGGACGGCUGCUGUAGGAAAGGUUCCCGCAACGCCCUGCAGGAGCUCUACAACCCAACACAGCCGGAGUUGUCCGGGGCAGCCGUCCUCCACCAGGCGAGGAGGGAUCAGGUAGUGGAUGCCUGUCGAGUCUACAGUGCAUCCAGCCGUAAGCGCAGAGUCCUGACACCCGGAGACCUCAAACACCUUGUGGUGGAUGAGGACCAUGAGCUCAUCUACUGCUAUGUCCCCAAGGUGGCUUGUACCAACUGGAAACGCGUCAUGAUGGUGCUUACAGGCCGAGGCAAAUACAGUGACCCAAUGGAAAUCCCUUCUAAUGAAGCCCACAUUCCUUCCAACCUGAAGACGCUAAACCAGUACAGUAUUGCUGAGAUCAACCACCGCCUCAAGAACUACCUCAAGUUCCUCUUUGUUCGCGAGCCCUUCGAGAGGCUGGUCUCCGCAUACCGCAACAAGUUCACCCUCAAGUACAACUCGUCCUUCCACAAGCGAUUUGGCACCCGCAUCAUCCGCCGCUACCGGAAGAAUGCCACGCAGGAUGCCCUGAUCAAUGGUGCUGAUGUCAAAUUCAAAGAAUUCGCUGAGUACUUGGUCGACCCGGCCACGCAGCGUGAUGGCCCACUCAACGAGCACUGGCAAACAGUCUACCAGCUUUGUCACCCAUGCCACAUCCACUAUGACCUGGUGGGCAAGUACGACACACUGGAAGACGACGCUAAUUACGUAUUGCGGCUGGUGGGUGUUGGCGACUCCUUGCGCUUCCCAAGCUAUGCGAAGUCCACUCGUACCACAGAUGCCAUGACGGCCCAGUUCUUCAGCAAUAUCAGCACUCAGCAGCAGAUCCAACUCUACCAGCUUUACAAGUUGGACUUCCUCAUGUUCAACUACUCUACUCCCAGCUACCUCCGGCUGGACUAAUGGAGGACAGAGCUGGGACUCUGAGAAUGGCUGCCUUGUUUAAGGAAAGGCAACAAAAUGAGUGGAGGGAUUUUUUUGGAGGCUAACUUGAUUUUAAAAAAACUGUCGUUGUAACUUGCAGGCGUGGGGUCUGAAUUAGACAUAUAAACAGGUGCUGAAAGAAUUAAAGGUAAUGCGUGCUUAUCUGGGCAUAAGGAGGAUGUCCAAUCAACUCUGUAUGAUGCGGAGUGAACUGAUUGGGUUUGAAUGUGGGCUAAAUGGACCAAAUGCAUGCAAAGACUAAAAUGUGUGGGUGAAGCAGGUCUUCAAGGUGUUUUAAAAGGGGAACUUAUCCUCAGAGGACGAAGUUGAAGAGGGAUUCUCCUGAUGAUGUUCCCUACAUGUUUAAACAAACUGCUGACAAAUUAGGCUGCUUUAGAUUCUUCAAAGCAAACAGCGGCCUCGCACGCGCCCUGACCCCAACGCAUUGUGGGAGCUAAGCUUAUCUCCCCCUCCCCCUGAUCAAUAGAGAAACUCCGUCAAAUUGUAAAACACAAUUCAUGUCCUUCGCUGCAAUGUCAGCGCAGCCUGUUAACGCCCUCUCACCCUUGCCCUCAUUAGAUUCAUACAUUUCAGAGGGAAACCAGCCUCUCACCGCCCCAAGGACGCCCUGUAAUAGAUGGCUACUGACUUCACUCUCAAGACCUCUACAACUAUGGCGACAUGGACUUUAGCCAACAGUUUUAACGAAACAAGUUAUCACUGGUCUCUAGCAUUAUGAUGUUGGCAGAAGAGACCUCUUGACCACCUUGAGGACUCCAAGAAAAUGGAAACUCCUGCUGCAGCAGUAAAGUGGAAGUGCUUAAUAAAUCAUUGCCUGUAACACCAAGCAUCCUUAACACUUUGAGCUACAGGACAAGAAAGGUACAGGAUGCUCUCAUGAGAUUGGGCGCACCAGCUGUGAGUGACGGUCUGCACAGAAAGUCUGAGCUGAAUGAAAAGAGACAACCUGUGUGGUCGUGGAAGGGUUAAGGGCACUGGAUCUCAUAACCCCGCCCUACCAUGCCCACCAUGCCCAGCCCAGGGGCUCAAUGGAUACAACCAGGGCCACACCCACAAAGCCCCUGAUCGGACGACCAAACAUGUCUUUAAAUAACUUAACAUGAGUAUCCUUUGUCUUCAUGCUUAUUUUAAUUUUAAUUUUUAUUAUCUUAUGAAGCAUUGCUGCGAGCAGCAAUAACAAAAGAUUAUUUAAUUUGCUUUGUUUAUUAAAGAGAGAAAGAUUUAAUUGAUUUUUUUCCUGGGCUGAUGAACAUUUAAGGAAAAUGUUGUUAAUGCUUUAUCAUGUUGAUUCCUUUCUUCACAACUGGCCUCUGAUACAUUAAUAGCGCAUCGCAGCAUUUUCAUUUCUGAAGGUUGUACGGUACAUUUCAGCCGUGGCUUUGUCCUUCUGUGUCAUCAGAGAUUUAUGAGUUCUUUUCCAUUUCCUGUUGUCAAACAUUUGGUGCCAAAAUAUCUACGAGAGCCUCGGAUAUCCACACCCGGUGUUCAGUACACAUCAUUGCCCUCAAGCGGAUUCAUGGAACACCCACCACCCCCCAAACACAUACAACAUGAGAACUAGCUGCUACUCUCAGUGUACAUAUCAAUAAUCUACUGCCCGCAUCACAGAAUCAAAGACUAUAUCUCAUACUGUAAUGUGAUUAAUGUUAGCGCUGCUAAGCAAUGUCAAGGUUAAUAACUGCACUCUCCAUCACGCUGUGAAUUGGAUUACAGGCUGUUGUGUGAGCAUUAAAUAGGAGAGAGAGAGAGAGAGAGAGAGAGAGAGAGAGAGAGAGAGAGAAACAUGUUGUGUUCUACACCUCUUUGUAAAUUCUAAGCUACUCCAGCUUCAAAGUGAAAGUAGAUUGAAGAUGUUUUUUCUAAAAGUUGUGUCUCUUUUUAGCUCUUAACUGAAAAUAUGCAGACUAGAAUUGAAGCAGUCAUAGUUUUCAAGUAAACUUUAUAUUUUGGUAGUUUGGUCCAUCAUUCUCGCUGGUAUAGAUAACAUUUUACUCACCAGAUUUAGUCUAAAAAUGUUGCUGAUGCUGUAUGCCAAAGAGACAAGACCUGAUUACCAAAUGGUUAAGCAGGAGUGAUUUAUUUUGCCUUUAUGUGGGAAUAUACAUCAGCUGACAAGGUAAGGGCCUUAAACUGGCUCCUUCUUUAUCACCUGAUCUUGAGGCCCUUCCUUGAUGAGGGUCGCUGUCAGAAUCUAAUACUAAGACCUUCAAUUUUGCGCUUACGUUGCAAAAAAGAAGCCAAUUGCCAUGGGCGUUAGACCUUCAGGGGUCUCCCACAGCCCAAGGUUAACUGUCUGGGAAUGGAUUUGUGGUCAUUUAAUUAUAACUUUCUUUGGAAAAUCGGGAAACAUGUAGGACUAAAGCACAAAGUCAGUGGGACUGGCAUCAACCCACCGUGACCUGCUAAACAGGAUAAGCAGGUAUAACUAAUGAAUUGUAUGACCAGGGCCUUAAGAUGGUUGCCGGUUCAUUACCUGAUCUUGAGGCCCUAUAAAGUCACGUCAAAUUCAUUUAUACGGCUUGAUAUCACAAAUGGCUUUACAAUUUGUAUAUAACAUGCAGUUCGACACUAUGCAUCGCUUAAUUUGGAAAGAUAUGCAGCAAAACAAACAAACUGGGCCUUAAACUAAACACAUUUUGAAUGAGCUAGCAAAUCAGUAAAUCUGAAAACUUGUUUAAUUAUCUAAUCCUUGACUUAAACCCAAGAUUAAACCUAUACAGGACACCCUUACACCUAAUUGUAACAUCAAACAUAGAUUUCAUUUUUGACUAUUUAAUUACAAAGAUAUACUAUGUACUGCUCAUAGACUAUAGAAAUAACUGCUGCACGGCUGUAAUCACAACUAGACUUCCUACAUGUAUUUAAAUUAAUUUUACCUGACAACUGAAAAAAUCCUGAAACUCUGUACUGGUAAAGAUAUGCAACUUAAAUUAUGCUAAAAUAUUUUGUCAUUUAUAUGGAUUGAAUUAUGUCCAAAAACAAAAAUCUGCUGCAAUGUAGGUUUUGUUUCUCAAUGUAGUUUCUUUACCAAGUAUAGGCCUAAUCAUUACAGGAAAACAUAGACGGUAAAUCCGGUAUACCUUCAUGAAAUACUUCAAAUGAACUGAUUUCAUAUUGUAUGUGUGAACUUUUCAGCUAAUUUGCCUAAUUUUCCAAAUUCAAUCAAUAGAACUUGCUGUGAAUUUACAUCUGUUCAGGUAAAAUCAUGUAGGUUACUACUUAAAUUUGCAAUCUAGUCAUGCUAACAUUAAUAAUUAAUAUCAAGAAGCAGAAUUGUGAUUUUAUAUAAAUCACGUAGUUAAUAGUAUUAAAAGUUUUUAAAAAGUGUGAUAAAUUAGUGUCAUUAAUCCCUGUAUCAACCUAGGGUUAAGUCCUUUUUCAGCAGAUGCUGAGCUUAUAUGGUGCAUAACCUGGGGCCAUUUAAUAUUCCAGGAUAGAAAUACUGAACAUAAUGCACAUAAAGGGGGAGAGAUUAAGGAGUUAAAGAGGUCCAGCAGCUCAUUCUUUCCCAGCGGCUAAUGGCAGCGUUAUUAAAAAGAUGAUUUAAACUAUUGCUAUGAACGGUUAUUACUAUUACAUUUAAACUAUUAGCUGUCCGUUAUAAAUAAUGUAUAAAGUAAUUUACAUAUAGCUUGGAGGACUUGGCAGGAGAUGUUUUUUAAUGAGCAAUUUAUUUUGAGUUUUUAUCUCUAAAUUCAUAGGUGAACUGUACUCAAUUGCUUGAUAGCUCAUACCGCAGUUCCAGGUCCACUUCAGCAUAAAGUCUUGUCUAGUGGUGAGCACAUUUUUAAAAUAAAGAUGGUGAGUGAAAUGUCAGCAUAUCUGAAGGGUGUGAUGACCAAUUCUUAGAUUAUAAAUAGACAGGUUUUUUCCUUCAGGACACGGAAACAUUUUAGCUGCAAGCUUCUCCUUGUAACUUUUGAAGUGUUAUUACUGUAGUGUGUGCAUGUCUGUGUGAGGGCGUUAUAAUGAGAGAACAACCUUAUUUUUCUUUGUUUUUGUAGCCCCACAGACAUCUGGCUCUAAUAAAGGAGAACAGCUACCGGUCUGGCCUGUAGCCCCGGCUGCCGUCCUCUUGCACAAACAAUGGCUGUAUUCUCAGCGCGGCCUCCUCCUGGGUCAGACGCACAGAAAUACACACACUCUCAGCGUGCACAUUAGCUUUCCUGCUGAUGUUGAUGCCACGCAGCAUCUUACUCAGCAGUUGUACACAGAGGCCCAGGCGAGCAGCACCUCUCCACUUUAACACAGACUGAGCCUCGGCGUAAACUGCUCAUUUAGGCCCCAGAAUGGAAGACCAACGAUACACAAAGGACCUCUCAGGCUGCAAACAAGCCGUUACAGAGGCUUCUCUUCUCCUCGCUCUAUUUUCUCCUCUCCCACAUCACUCUGAAAGUGGCCUCCUGUAUAAAAAAAGUUAGUCAGUGUCGAUGAUCCCUACUGUCCCUGCGGGGAGAGGGGCAGCCCGCUUAAACAAACAGAGCAGGUAAAAAAAAACCCACAGGGGAACCAAGCGAACACCUAGAGGCCCCGGGUGAAUUUCAGUCUCGGAUAAAAACAAACAGCUACAUUUCCGGCGAUUUUCUCCCUAUUCUUAACUCGUCAGUCUGCAGCGGCCUGUUUACUGCCCAGUUGUCUCAUACUGUAGGAGUGUUUAUGUGCAAGUCGAGCCAACGGGUAUAUUUAUGUUGUUUUUGGACGAUGUCUAUUAAUAGACUGAAUUGCAUAUUUGCUGAAAGGAACAGGAAGGCCUCCUAAUGUUUUUCUCUCAAGGAGUGGAUAAUUUGAUUUGUGCUUAUAUUUUUAUUUUAUUAUUUAUGCACAGAUAAACACAUUUAUGUACAUAGUAAAAAGUAGUGUCAUGACAGGUAAAUAUAAUUAGUAAUUAAAGGGAUAGUUGGACAAUUCGGGAAAUACACUUAUUUGUGGUAUGUCAAAUUUGGCGAGAAGAUGAGACUAUCUGCUAAAUAUGGAGCUACAGCCAACCGCUGAUGAGCUUAGCUUAGUUUAAAGACUGCAAAAAACAUUAACCUGUUUAACUUGGAUGGUCCCAUUUUCCAAGUUAGGAAGUUGUUCUUCAUUUUAAUGUGAAAACAACAUGGAACAACACGUCCUCCAAACCAUAUGACCACCUAGAUCAUUUAUUUCCACCCUCAGCUAUGACCUACACAAGCGUUUUCAAUAAUUGGCAUCCAUACUGCCUCACGUCCACAUGCCUAAACGUUAUGGUCGCUGUUUAAAACUCAUCGUUAAUGCUGCGGUCUCAGUUUGGUUAAGUUUAGGCAGCAAAACGACUUGGUUAAGAUUAGGAGGGGAGAUACUGCGUGGUCAGGCUUAGCAAAAGAUGGCUAGAUAUUACAACCCUAAGUGAGGUAGUUACGUAGAUAACGUAAAGUAUGGCGUUAAUGUAACAUCGACGUGACGUAGCUACACACAGGUUACACACAGAGAGGUAAUGUUAUGUAACCUCAAAUAACAAUGUCGACUUUUGUUUUCACGUGGUACACAAGCACCGGUUUUUUGAUUCAAAGUCCUGUGUCUGCGCCCACCCUAUGUGGACUUGUAGGUCUUUAUCCUAGCCUUUGCUUUCUGUUACAUCAUAUGGUAUCCUUUGGAAUUACUACGGCUGUUAGAGGGUGCUCCUAACUACAAAUGUAUUUAUGUGCUGUUUUAAAGGCAUACUAUGCAGGAAUUGUUGCCUACUGUUUGUACACACAACAUGUAAACUUGGAAGAAGGCAAUUCUUUAUGCUAAGCUAAGCUAAGCUAAGUGGCUAUGUGGUAUAAAUCUUCUCAUCAAACUCUCAGCAACAAACCAAAUGGUGGUAUUCCCCAAAAUGUCAAAGUACUCCUUUAAAGGGCAGAAGAUAUCUUGGAGUAAAAAAACAGAUUUCUGUAGUUUAUAGGGUUUAUUUCUUUUGCUUUUUGGCAUCAAAAUGUUUUUGAAAAUAUAUUUAAUCAAAAAUAUCAUCACACCUCAUAUCAGUAGCACAGAAGGACAAAGCCAGGAACUUUUUUAAAAUUAAACUUCUUCCUCCUCUGCCAGUUUCAUAUCUACAGUCCUGAUGCAGGAUGUUUUGUACAGUGUAGACAUGAUGUCAUUCAUUCUGCUGUUGUUUUUGAGCUGUCAUGUUUGGAUCGAUUCAUACUCUGGUUGCCUCACACACCUGCAGACACACACAAACACACUUUGUGUGGCACUAUUUUCUCUGUGCCUUUCAUUCACAGCAAAACAGAACAAAGCUCCAUACUCCAUACUGACACACACACGUUGACUAUUCAUUUCUUCUCUGAGUGUCAAAGCCAUACGUCUGGUGUCUCCCAGCAGGACAGAUGGUUCUGCAUCUCACUGCUGUUUCACACACUCAUAUCAACAUAAUUACCAAACUGUUGGGACAAUGGGUGAAAAGAUUGCCUGCCUAUACCAGAUUUGAUGCUGCAUUGUAUAUUUGGGUGCAGAUUUUGGAUUUGCUGGAUUGUUUCAUGGCACAAAAGAGAAUUGUUUUACAUUUUUACAGUGGAAAAAUGUUUUCCAGCUGCCGAAGCUAUUUGGGGAUAUUAACCUUUUCUUUCUAUUCUAACCUUUCCCUUUCUCUUCAGCCGUUCAUUAACAGAUAGGGGGAGAGGAGACAGGUAUAAAGACCUACUUUGCAACAGAAAACACACACAUUUAGUUGAGGAAAAGAAACACACACAGUAACACUAAUAAAGUGCUUUUUUACUUGCAGAGAGCUCCAUUCACACUUCUCAAAUUCACUUCCCACAUGGCAAACCCCUCACUACAGUAUUUAUACACAUACACACACUAUGGUGAGUGCAUCUGCAGAGGCCCAUGUGACUGCACCAGAGAAAAGCUUGUAUUCUCCUGCUGUUCACACCAAUGUGGAUACAUCUGAAUCUGUUUUUCUUCUUGGAUAAAAACAGACUCGUGUUUUAUUGAAAAUGGAGCUUCUAAAAAACGCUUAAGUAUAACCGUCAUGUAACUAUUUAAGGAAUCUUGACUUGCAGGCACACUCUUUACACUUGCUCUGUAAACAAGAACUUUUGAGGGUGGAAAUCACAUAAUGUAGUAACUGCUGAGAUAUUGAAAUAUAUGUUGGCAUCACUGCAAUGUCCCUCACUGUACAGAAAAGCUGUGUUGACCAUAGACUGUAUAUUAACAUGGAGGAAGUAUUUCCACAGUUGCUGAUGCUGUCAUUUGGAGCUUUUUACAGCAACAAAUAACAAAGUCCAAAGUUUAAAGCUCAAAAUACAGUGGCACAUGAAGCUAAAAAUGGACUCCCAUUAGACUCCCAUGAAUAAAAUUAGCGGUCCAAGCUGAUUGAAUCAUGCAGCUCUUUCUAGACCCUCCAAGUUUUAUCAGACCGAAUCGAUCAAAUUUCUGACAAUAAGACAAGUCAAAGAAGUCAAGAAAAUGUAUUCACAGAUGUUUCAUUUCCAAUGUAAGUUUUUCAGAAAAGUAUUUUUUUACCCAAUGGCAUCACAUGACUGAUCUGGAAACUGUAAUUCAACGAUUUAGCAGCUAACAGUGGCUGGUAGAGCGAGACUGGUCUCCCCUCAAAAACUCUAACGUAGAGUUUGUGCAGACAGCAAAAACGGCUCACAUUUACACUUUUUAAUGUCCUCUGCCGUCAUCUUGCGGACUUAGUAAUAAUGACCGACGGAGAUGCAAAGUUUAAAUGGAUAUCGAACAGGUCGAACAAACAGUGGACUUUCACCCAGGAAAACAGGGUUUCAUGUCCCACAUGAAAAUAAAAGUAAAUUACUUUUUACGUAAUUUAUGUUUUUUACAUAAAUUACAUGACUCGCAGUUUGUAAAUUGUAGCCUGAAACUGCAGCCUCUUUUACAACAGAGAACUGUACGUGCAUGUAUAAUAAAGCUGAAAAAUCUUCAAAUUGCCUUCAGAGCCAGCUGCUCCUCCUGGGGGCUUGCUCUUUAUAUACAGUCUAUAUCCACAGCUAAGGCAAGCACUGAAGAUCAAAGUUGAAGCAUAAAGCUGGUCUGUGACAGUUUGGUUCCAAACCGCAGAAUCAAUCACCAUUAUCUCUGACACGUUCAGCAAUUCAAAUAGGUCUUGUGUCGUUUUCAUUGACGGUCAUUUCAGCCAGAAACAGCUGACCAAUCAGACCUUUGUAAAAUGGAUGAAGUAUGGUCAUCUUUCUACAAAAUGAGCUUACUGUUUCACUGAAUUUUACCAAGAACGGCUUUGCUGUAUUCAGGGCAAGUGUGAAGAAAAUGCCCUGAGGAACACAUUUAAGUAAUGACCUUAGAUAAAUGAAUGUGGGUGGAAGGCUUAUAACAUUUUAACAGCAUUUGUCAAAUGAGUCCAAAUCAGUGUGACCCCAGUGGGCCUGUCAGGUCUCAUGUAUGUGUUGGCCUGACAUCUUGUAAUUCCUCCUCCAGCAAGCAGAGAUCACACACCCUCUGAGCUUUAGGGAAAGUGUUUCCAGCAGCUUCGUGUUCUUCCAGAUGGUGUGGAUGUUAUGCUGUAACCUGUACAGUAAUGUGUAUGUGUGUGUGUGUGACCUUUUAAGGAAUGAGUCCUAAAUCAGCCGUGUCUGUUACUGAAUUUGUACCAUGUCAUCAGCAUUUUUUCACCGUCAUGUGUAUCAGAGUGCCUCAUGUGCUGUAACUACAAGUGGAGCGGCUGGAUAACGGCUGCAUGUGUAGGUGGUGUGUGUGUGUGUGUGUGUGUGUGUGUGUGUGUGUGUGGACACUCUGUGCUGUACCCAUUCUGCCUUAGAGCGAACGACUCCAAGACUCUCAUUCAAGCAGGCGCCAUUUAUUUAUUUAUUUAUUUAUUGUCAGAUAACUACCCGUACGUUCCUGGCAAUCACCAUGGCAACACACCUAAACUCUCUGUAUCUCUUCCUCCCGGGACAGCCUCUCACUGUUCUGUUUUACUCCGUUCAUUUCCAGGCGCACUCACUGAAACCAUGAAUAAUUGACUGUGUACUGUAACGCUGAGUGUGGUGUCGAUCCUACAGCAGCACGACCUGCGGUUCAUCCUGUCUGAUGUUUUCACAAUAAAAUAACACUGAAACUCC